UUUCAUUGGCUGGAGGGCCAGGAGUUUGUGACAUUUGUAGUGUUGUAUAUAUGCUGAGGUGCUCGAAUGAUUUUUAUUCUUUUCAGAAUAUUCGAGUUUUUUGCAUAAUUUUUGUGGAUUUAAAGAAGCUGAAGUCUAAGAGUAGGAGACAGGAAGUAUGAAACAACAAGAAGACGAUCUAUCGGGGUUUGACAUAGAUCCAGAUCUCCUGGAAGAAAUGGAGACCUCUUUAGAAUUCACCAUAGAGCUGAUAGAGCUGAAGGAGGCUGACUUGAGUCUUCUGAACAAGCCUCCGAAAGAAGCCACGGCCAGGGGCAGGAAGAGGCCAUAUUCAGAGUCAUUUUCAACAGAUGGUCCAGGUGUGGGGCAUGAAACAGCUUUAAUGGUGCCACCUGUAGACACAUCAGUAAGAAAGCCUAAGGAUGGAAGAAAGGUUCGACAACCACCGAGCGCCUUCAUCCUCUUCGGCAGAGAAUGGCGUUGCAAGUUGGCAACUGAAUAGCCAGAAGAAAAUAGUGCAGAUAUAAGUGUGCGAUUAUGUCUACAACUCAAAUGAAGCUCAUGCACCAGUCCUGGAUGAUAGAUGAUGAAGCUUGCAACUCCUCAGAUUCAGAUAAAUAACAUUCAUGUAAAAGGCCACAGAAUAAACCAAAUUUAUAUGGUCAUAGCAGUACAUCAGUUGCAUGUGAUUUGAAGGAAAUUGCAUGACUUAUCUGUCUCCAGAACAUUAAGUCAAGGCUGUGUGUGAUCUUGAUAUAGAUGGAUGGGCAGCAAUUUCUGUCUUACAUACAAGUAAAUAUUUUUAGCUCUGUAAAGAAUAUUCAUUUUAGUUCUUGCAAGUGAGGUGAAGUGAUAUUAACUUUUUCAAUGAAUGAGUAAGCAUGAGAUUAUAGUCUUGGGGGAUGUAUCACCACGUAGGUUGCAGGCAUAGGUGGCAAUAUUAUGUAGGAACCUGCUGUCUCCAUCUUCAGUGAAAAAGAGAUGUUAGCAGUGGUGUGCCAUGCAUGGAAGCAAGGGAAGCAUUGCUUCCGUAGUUAGAAACGGAAAGGAAAGUCAUAUAUAAAUAAUU